AGGAUAUUGAGCUGACAAGGUUGACCGGUGCGACUUGUUUGCAGACGGCGCCGCCGGCGAACAGACAGUCAGCAUCGAGCUGGACGGGGAGGAGUCCGAGCUGAGGUUCAUCAGCAUCACCAACCCCAAGACGGAGGUCACCACUACCCACCCGCCGGACGCGCUGAUCCUCAUGUACUCGGUGAUCGACAAGGCGAGCUUUGAGCGGGCCGAGGACGAGCUGUCGCGGCUGCAGGCGCUCGACCUGCUGCGCAAUCGCUGCCUUGUGCUCGUCGGAAACAAGAUCGACGUCGUCCGCAGCCGGGCCGUCGACGAGUCAGACGGGAUGGAGCUGGCCUGCUCCUACAACGCCAAGUUCAUCGAGAUAUCAGUGGGCAUGAACCACAACUGCGACGAGCUGCUGGUCGGCAUGCUGCACCAGCUGCGACUGAAGCGCGGCUCCUACGAGCCCCAGAAGGAACACAGCUGGACGCGCAACAAAGGCAUCGUGCGCGCGAGCAGAAAGUGCAAACGCGCCCUCACGAAAAUAUUCGGCAAGGAAGACUCAAGGUUGCGAAACGUCACCAACUUUCGCGUGCAUAACUGAGUGCUUUGGGACUGCGGGGACUUGCGCGGAGCGGCGAGAAGGCGCCCUAUCACAUUUUCCUAGGUUAGCUGUCGAGUAGCGUGUUUUAUAUAUUCUGCCCUGCCUUGAAGAGACGCUUUCUUACCGACCCGUACCCAUCGAGGGAUAAUUUCAAGUUAUGGAAGGCGCGGACGAACCUUCCACACAUGUACCAAUAUCUAGCCUUGUAUGUCCGUACCCGAAUGAAAAACUCUUGGAA